AUGCUCAAGGACCACACAUUGGCAAUAGCAUUGAGAGAUUACAGGGCACAACUCGUCUCCUCUAACCCGUUUGCAGGGAACCGGCUUCCAGAUGAAAUAAUCUUGCUCAUUCUGGAUAACCUAUCGGUUCCAGACGUGAUCUCCUUUACCCAAGUCUGCCGCUCCACCAGGCGGUUUCGCCAACCCCAAAUUAUCCAGCGACUCAACAAACUUAUUGCUCCCUAUGCCGAUCCCUCCAGACUUCUCAAGGCAAUGCGUGAAGCACCCGCAGUUAUUGGGGGGUCCUCGGCACUUUGGUUUCUUGAAGGAUUUCCCACCCACUGGACGCCGAAGGACCUGAACCUGUAUUGCCCAAACGAUAGUGAAGGGCUGGUCGAAUUUUUGGUGACCGAGGGCUAUACAAUUACAUCGACGUAUUUUGUGGACGACGAUGACGACAACGCGCAAACAACUUGCCUAGCGAGUACGACAUACCUCGAACGAAACGGACGAAAAGUAGACGUUCGACAAAGCUCACAGGAUGAGAUCGUGGAGCCCAUCAUGUGCUCUGGUCUGAGCGUGGUGAUGAAUUACAUCUCCGCUGAUUUCAUCGUCUCGCUCUAUCCACAAACGACCUUUCGAGGAAUAUCGGUGGCCCAAACAACUCUUGCUUACAUGACCAACGAGUGGAAUCAACUCUACAUAGAUCGUGGAUACGCCUUGACAGAGCAUAGUCGGCUCGGUAAAUACCAAGCCCUCUUCUGCAGAGCUCUGGAUCGCCUCCCUGGGGACGUUCACUCCUUCGUCGUUCCAUACGGACAAAGUAGCAAUAUGGAGUACUUUACUCAGAAUACAGCCGAAAUUUUGAGCAGAGAGCACGAUUUGUGCAACCGGCCACCGGCGAGGUGCAUUUUGCACUACGUCGAUACCCUAAUGGAGGAUCAUGCCGCUCUCCUGGACUCCGAAAAGCACGCCUGGUCGUCCAUCAUCGAGACGGAUCCUCUGCAGGCGGAAUGGAAUUUACAAAUCUUGGACAUGGGCGGAACCAGCUCUCUGGAGCUGCUUUUCGACUCACCAUCGCGACUCGCCAACCUCAGGGUUGUCAUCGAAUCGAGCGAGAAGGUGGUUGAUCUAGUAGCCAAAGCCAACAUACCGCUCACGAUUUUGGACGGGUACUCGAGGCUAACGACGAAAUUGUUACCAUCUAUACCGCUAGAGAACGUGACGACCUUGAAAAUAUUCGCCCAGCUCCAAGCAGGCUACACCAUUCCUCGUAUUCCCAAUCUUCGGCAUCUGAGUAUGCAUACAAUUGCAACCUCGGACUCUCGCAAGUACUUAUUCGACUUUCUUGAUAUCAAUGGGUCCGAACUUAUCACAUUCUUCUGGAGGGGACUAUGGGGGUUCGGACGCAAAAUUCGAUCUGGGAAAAGUGUCCCAACGCUAAGAGUUUUCAACUUCCUUGGGAUUUUCAAUGGAUCCAACCGCCAUCUGGCCAUCCCAUCCAACACAUUCGACUCGACACGGAGCGGCCAACUGGCGUCCGGCCCUUUUGCUCAAUGUGUGGACCAGCUCAUUCCAACGUUCAAUACGUGGACCAUCUACCUAAUCUGGUUAAAGCCGGGGUACAGACAAUCGCGAUGGGCUGUUGGUACACUGCGCUAUUUGCCGCCCCGUAUAGGAGUGCCGACUCUGGACCACUCAGCCGCUUUAUGUGCACACGUCAUCGUGCUAGCCUGCAUGGCGUGCACUUGA